GCAAGCUGCGGACACGUCAGGCGUCACCGGAGCUUAAUACGACGCCGCUUAGUUUGCAUAGGAAGUUCCAUUUAAUUUUUGCCAGCUGCAAAAAGUAAAAGGCGAAAAGAAAAAGAGCGUUGGGGGAGAGGGGAAGCCAACGCUAGACAAAGCCAUGAAAAAGAUGGCAGGUUUGGCGUCGGCAGACUGGCAAUGGGAAAACGCCACCGCCGGCGCCGUGGCUGGCCUCGCCACCGUCACUUUCUCUCAUCCCCUUGACGUUGUUCGUACCAGGUUCCAAGUUUACGAUGGAAGAAUCUCGAACGUCCCGGCUUAUAGGAACACUCCUCACGCUUUAUUUACCAUUGCUCGAAGUGAGGGUCUUAGAGGACUUUAUGCUGGCUUUUACCCUGCUGUUCUUGGGUCAACUAUUUCAUGGGGUUUAUAUUUCUUCUUCUAUAGCAAGGCUAAGCAAAGGUAUCUGAGAAGCAGGGAGGAGCUGAGUCCCGGCCUUCAUCUUGCUUCAGCUGCAGAAGCAGGAGCUCUGGUCAGUAGUCAGAUUUCUGAUGCUUUAAUGAAUGUGUAGUUCAU